CUCUCUGCAGAGUGUGGUAUAGUAAGUUGUGUCUAUCGGAACCGUCAUCCCAUGUGGCGACGUGGAAUGUCGAGGCUCCAACAAUGACAGCGGAUGUCAAAAACAAAGCCACCAACCCUUUGAAUAAGGAUACGGAUUGGGGAAGUGUCAAGUGCUUUUGUGAUCAACUUAACAAUGAACCUGAAGGCCCACAGCUCGCAACCAGACUUCUGGCUCACAAAAUCCAGUCUCCUCAGGAGUGGGAGGCUUUGCAAGCACUCAUGGUUCUCGAGAUGUGCAUCGCAGAUUGUGGAAAGCGGUUUCACACUGAAGUGGGAAAGUUUCGUUUUCUGAAUGAACUCAUAAAGGUGGUCUCACCAAAGUAUUUGGGCUCUCGAGCGCCAGAACCAGUGAAGAAAAAAGUUGUGGAGAUGAUGUACCUUUGGACAAAGAAGUUGCCAGAAGAGACAAAGAUAGCAGACGCUUAUCAAAUGCUGAAAAAACAAGGCAUUGUCAAGCAGGAUCCUAUACUUCCUGAGGACAAGCCCCUCCCACAGCCUGCAUCCAAAAAUGCCAUCUUUGAGGAUGAAGAGAAAUCGAAGACACUGUCUCGGUUGUUGAGCAGCACACAGCCACAAGACCUGAAAGCUGCCAAUGAGCUUAUUAAGGAAAUGGUCCAGGAGGACCAAAGGCGCGUGGAGAAGAUCUCAAAGCGGGUCAACGCCAUCCAAGAGGUGAAGGAGAGCGUGAAUCUGCUGAACCAGCUGCUGGAGGGCUACGCUGCCGAGAGCGGCUCGCACGACAACAAAGAGCUUGUCAAGGAUCUUUACCUGCGCUGUGAGAAGAUGAGACCCACACUGUUCAGAUUAGCCAGUGACACGGAGGACAGCGAUGAAGCUUUAGCGGAUAUUUUACAAGCCAAUGACAGUUUGACUCAAGUCAUCAACCUUUAUCGGAAGCUGGUGGAAGGCGAGGUGGUGAGCAACGACAGUGUGGCAACAUCAGGCAGUGGCAGCUCGGCUCUCGUCGACCUGGAGGGCCUCUGCACGUCGGCCAGCACUGCUCCUUCAGACCGGGAGGCCUCAAGCCUACAGUCUCUUCCGCAGAACACGGGAAUCAGCCUGUUAGACGACGAACUCAUGAUGCUGGGACUGAACGCGACGGAAAACUCAGACUCUCACGCUCUCCAGCACGCCGCCUCCACUGACGCGUCUGCUGCGACCUUUCAUGUGCCCAUGCCAACUCUCUUCCAAGUCCAGCUGACACCAACCGUAGGGGACAGUACAGCCGCAACCAAAGUCCUGGAUGACUUGGACCUGCUGGGGAAGACGUUGCUCCAACAGUCACUGCCUCCAGAGGACCAGCAAGUCAAAUGGGACAAGCACCAGGCCCAGUCAGGAAUCACUUUACGAGAUCUUCAGACCAUGGCCCACAGUAAACCCCAGCCACCCUCCAACACCACUGUGAAGGCAUCAAGUGGGGCAGUGGCGCCCCCCGUCCUCCUCCCCGUCGCUGUUGGAGAUGCCCAGGACCACAUCUCUCUGACAGACGUCACGAUGCCUCUGGAGCUGAUCAAACCGAGCAGCCUGCUGCCAGUGACGGUGUUCGACAAGCACAGCUUAAGAGUUUUGUUCACAUUCGCUCGUGACUGUCCGCCCCUGCGUCCCGACGUGCUGGUCGUGAUCAUCUCCAUGCUCUCCUCCGCCCCCAUCCCCGUCACAAACAUCCGCUUUCAGGCUGCCGUUCCCAAGGUGAUGAAAGUGAAGCUGCUGCCUCCGUCGAACACGGAGCUUCCUGCUUUUAACCCCAUACUGCCCCCUGCUGCCAUCACACAGAUCCUGCUGCUGGCCAACCCUCUCAAGGAAAAAGUGCGUUUGCGUUAUAAAUUGACAUUUAACCUUGGAGAGAGAGCUCACGAUGAAUCCGGCGACGUGGACCAGUUUCCUCCUCCAAGCACCUGGGGGAGCCUUUAGCUGGAUGGAUGACCUUCUGGUCACGUGACCCCUGCCUGGAUUAGCGUCCAUCGCCGCUGGAAAAACCGACACGCUUGGGAGAAGUCUUCUACCUAGUGCCUUCCUCCGUUCUCCAGCCAUCUCCGUCGUCCAUCCAGCUUGUACAAAGCAGCCACUUCAGAUGUUCCAGCUAAGUGGAAGUCCUCAAUGCAAUCAUUUCCAUGAAUCAAACUCUUUUUUUUUAUGAUUUUACCGUUGGGUUUUUCUCCUCAUGUGUAAUUUGAGUUAUUGAAGAUGUGAAGAACUGAUAUCAGAGCCAGCAUCCGUGCCACAUGACAUAAACUCUGUAGAUUUUCUAAGCUUCCUUACUUAAAAAAAACUUAACUCCAGUCAAUACUGCACAACAAUCCAAAGCAGAUGUUGGUGACAUACUCGGCUCAUAUCAUGAGCAGCAAUAAAUAUUCUUUCAUCUGUACUGACGUUGACAUGCAGUAAGCUUCGUUCCAAACUUUUUAAGGCACUUUUGUUACAGCUUUUUGUUAAAAGUCUAGAAUUAUAUCUGCGUUUUAUUUAAAAGUGAUUUUCCAGGUCGGGGUACUGUGUUUCGAUUUUCCGCGAUCACCUUUUUAAAAUGUUCACUUUUUUUUUUUUUAAUCUCUGGAGAUUUGUUUACACAUUCUUGCACUUGUUUUGUUUUUGUAAUUUGCACAUCAGCUGUUUUAAAUCUCACCUGUCACUCUCUGUUGAUUCACCCAAAGACGGACUGGGGAAGUCCUGAGCAGACGUCUCCUACAUCGGGUUAGAGCCCACCACAUGUGCCUGAGGGGACGUUCUUUUGCUGUGUACAUUGAAUAACUGGUUCCUUCCAGAAAUGACUCUGUGCGUCAGAAAAAUGGAACCUAUUUUAUUGAAGUGCGGAGCAUGGAUCUGUAUGGAUGGAAUUAAAGAGAUCAAAGUUC